GAUAGAAGCUUUAUAAUUUUCAUCAAAGAAGAGGGGAGAGCCGAAAUAAUGACGAUGGGGGAGAACGCUGCCACCAAGAACCAUCACCAGCUAAACCAACAAGUUUCUGGUCUCUCCAUAGACGGGCUUCCUCAAGGUGGCUCGAAAUGUUUCGAUGACGAUGGCCGUCUCAAGAGAACAGGAACUGUAUGGACUGCAAGUGCCCAUAUCAUAACAGCUGUGAUAGGCUCUGGUGUGCUUUCUUUGGCAUGGGCCAUAGCACAGUUGGGAUGGAUUGCUGGUCCUGCUGUGAUGUUCCUCUUCUCCUUUGUGAUUUACUACACUUCGUCCCUCCUCGCCGAUUGUUAUAGGUCUGGCAGUCCAGAUUCGGGCAAGCGAAAUUACACUUACAUGGAUGCUGUUCGAUCCAACCUCGGUGGAGUUAAGGUCAAGAUUUGUGGUGUUAUUCAGUACUUGAACCUUUUCGGUGUCGCUAUCGGAUACACUAUCGCAGCAUCUAUAAGCAUGACGGCAAUUAAGCGAUCCAAUUGCUUCCAUGAGAAAGGAGAUAAUAGCCCAUGUCUUGUAUCUAGCUACCCAUACAUGAUCAUGUUCGGAGUUGCUGAGAUUCUCUUCUCCCAGAUCCCAGACUUCGAUCAGAUAUGGUGGCUCUCCAUUGUUGCAGCUGUUAUGUCCUUCACUUACUCUACAAUUGGUCUUGCGCUUGGAAUCGCCAAAGUUGCAGAGACUGGGAAAUUCAGGGGAAGCCUCACCGGGAUAAGCAUCGGCGCAGUAUCUGAGACUCAGAAGAUAUGGAGAAGUUUCCAAGCUCUGGGAGACAUCGCUUUCGCUUACUCUUACUCGGUUAUUCUAAUUGAAAUCCAAGACACAAUCAAAUCCCCACCAUCGGAAGCCAAGACGAUGAAGAAAGCAACCCUUGUGAGCGUUGUGGUGACGACUCUGUUCUACAUGCUCUGCGGCUGCAUGGGUUAUGCAGCGUUCGGUGACUUAGCACCUGGAAACCUCCUCACGGGUUUCGGAUUCUUUAACCCAUAUUGGCUUCUGGACAUAGCUAAUGCCGCCAUUGUAAUCCACCUGGUCGGAGCUUACCAGGUCUUUUGCCAACCCCUGUUCGCCUUCAUCGAGAAAUGGGCAGCAAACAAGUGGCCCCAGAGCAAAUUCAUCACAAAAGAUAUUAAAGUACCAAUUCCAGGUUUCAGACCUUUCAACCUGAACCUCUUCAGAAUGAUGUGGAGGACUCUGUUCGUUAUCACAACCACAGUUAUUUCUAUGCUACUUCCCUUCUUCAAUGACGUAGUCGGAAUCCUUGGAGCUUUUGGGUUUUGGCCACUCACCGUAUACUUUCCAAUUGAGAUGUAUGUGGCUCAGAAGAAGAUACCCAAGUGGAGUUCACAAUGGAUUUGCCUGCAACUCCUUAGCUUUGCUUGUCUCAUCGUCUCCAUUGCUGCUGCUGCUGGUUCAAUUGCAGGGGUUGUGCUGGAUCUCAAGGUGUACAAGCCAUUCAAGACCGUUUACUAAUAAUCUCUCUACUCAGCCAUUGUCAUUGUCAAUUAGCCGUUAAAAAGCCGAGAAUUAGAGGAAUUUUAAACUCGUUCGAAUCCAUCACUGCUGCUAAUGUGCAUAAGAACCUAAAAGUGGUGGUGGUGGUGGUGUUGCUUGGAAUUGUUAGUUUUCUGUUGUUUUACUGUGUACGAUUUAACAAACAAGAAGAGCGCGGGACCUUGUUUGGUUACGUGGAAUUCAAAAUAUGGAAAUCUCUU